CAUACUCGGCAGAAAACUGCGGAAACGCGACGUGGGAAAACUAUUUAUUCAACAUUUUAUUACAUCUGUCGCGGUCUGUUCAAGAGGAUUUCUCGGGCCUCUUCCUGGAAAUCAAAGCAUAUCAACUGCUGCUGCUGCUUUCUUUGGAAGGAAGCAUGUGUCAUCAGACUUGCAUCUGAAACACAAUGGGACCUCCUUGCUUGUUGUGGGUCACCAGAGAACCAACUGCACACUGCCAAAAAAACAUAGCUACAAAGACGACAGCAACAGUAUUUAGGUCAAUAAGAAACGUGAGGCUUAUGACCGCUGCGGAUUCUGCCAAAGCUUGAAAAGAACACAUAAAUGUUGACAACUUCAAAACUGUAAAAUUCAGGGUCUGGAUAACAAACAAAGAGAGCAGUGGUGUGUAAUGGGGGAGUGCAUGUUGGACAGCUGUGGUGAGGAUGACUUUCAAAGCUGUGAAGGAUUUGAUGAUUGGUCCACCUUCACCACUGCGGACUGGGCAGAGCCCCAACAAAAUGACAACAGCUUUUCAGACUGGGCUGAAUUCCAGCAGAAUAGCAAGAAAGAGGAAGAAUUAUCAACCGUACCUGUGACAGAAAUAAGAACUUUUGAGCUUCCUGGAAACGUUGAAAAUGGCAACCAGGUAAAUGCCCAGUUAGUUUUCCGUGACUGUUUUUGUGCUGAGUCGGCAAAGAAAGAAGCUGCCAUGAUGGAAAUCCCUACACUGUCCCAAAUAUUCCAGAGUACAGUUGACAUGCUCUCUGAGUCUGCAGCAAUUACAAGCGAAGCGGCCAAUUUCUGGUGUCAUUUACAGUCUCUGUCAAAAACUCUGAGAAUAUCAAGCCCCAAACCCAAAUUACACUCCCACGAAGUACUGCUCAAAACCCUUCAGCUCGGACACCCUAACACGAGCGCAGCCUCACAGUGCAUUACUCCUUCUGAUCUUGAACUUGAAGAGCCUGAAGAUCCUCCUGGAGCUCUGAUUCAAACCAAGCUAAUGCCAACAUCACAUUGUCGGAAUGCGCCUGGUUUCCUUUAUCAGAUCUCACAUCAGUGGCUUAACCAGCACACCAGGAAGCUGCUCCUGUACCAGCAAAAGAAAGAUCCUUUCCUGUAAAUGAAGAUUACAUUUGCACAUGCACAGUAUAAGAGACCUGUACCACUGACUAUUUCAAAAGACUGAAUCUUCAGUACAUACUGUACUACUGCCUGCUCUGUACACAUAAUGAGCACAGAUAAUAUCUUCUGAAGUUUACACUUUUACAAAUAAAUCCAGGAAAAGCCUGUUACAAAGAGACUUUGAAAUGGGCAGUACUGCUAUGCACACUAGCACAGGAAACAUUCCUUACAUACUUGAAGUAAACACUUCCAUCAGAUCUAAGAUAAAGAGGAGACCGUUACAAUACACCAUAGACAAUGGAUUGUGUGCGUAACAAGAUCAAAAUCACUGUAAUCUCACAAAUACUGGAAGCUAACAUGGCCAUAUACAGAUUAAUAUAUUGUAUUGUUUGUUGCUGCCUUAAACUCAUGGCUUACUGUUCUCAAAUGCUAUAUUAUUUGUAUGUGUGUACUGAUAUCUGAAAUGUUUUUAGUAUAUUUAUGAAUAUAUCAUUCUAUUAUUUUAAAUACUGCACAUCAGGAUGAGUUAUUUGUUUUCAACUCAA